AUGUCGGAAACAAGUUAUCGCGCUGGACGGAAAAUCCAAAAGACAAAGGAGGCAGCUGGUCUCACUCAGGUCGUUUCACCGAGUGCUCUAUGUCCCGUUGAACCCAGCGAUGCUCAACUUGCAGUCGUUGCUCCUACUGGGCCUAGGUUUUCCUUGGUUUCGGGAAUACCUGCUUCGAGCAACCCAAAUGUGAAACGAUCUGCCGGGUCCUCUCGCGCAUCGUCGUCGAAACUAACUGCCCCGACCGCUUUGGUCAUUGGUGAUACUGAUGAAGGAAAUCAACCAGGUCCGAACAAGAGAAAGAUUUCAGAGAAUGGGGUUAAAACCUGGAGUGGAGCGAAGAAGCUACGACACUUUAGGAAGCCGGGGUGCAGGCUUCCACCGUUUAACAGGCUAGCUCGAGAAGAUAACGAGAAUUAUCACAGCUUUGCAUCGUGCGCUGGGCAGCUUAUCGCCACCUACAAUCGGACUAUUGACUCAUACGAAUGUCGCCUCCAGAGUGUUUCACCCCCAGUUGAUCCUUCAGAGGCAAACGCCGGUACCACUGCCCUUAACGCUGAGCUUGAGAAUUUGCGUGCUGCAGCAACAGAGAGCGUUGAAGCCGUAAAGCUUUCUGAGGAGCGUCUCACUAGGGUUAGGGCCUUAGAGUUCAAGUUACGAGAAGCUGAGAUUUCUCGAGACGAUUAUAAGGGAAAACUUUCCGUUGCUAGCAAUGUUUUGAUCGAACUAACCAAUGACAAAGAGUCGUUGAAGUCUGAACUUGGUGAAAUCGAAGCCAAGUACAAAUUGCUUUUUGAUAGCCGUGAGUUAGACGUGACGAACGGUGCUCGCGAUGCCAAGAACAAAAUUGCCUCGACAUGCAAAGAUAUACUUAGUCAAGUGAAGUUACACUUGGCAGGGAGGGAUGCUGUACGCGGGCCUCUUGUCAUGGCUUCCGAGACGAAAGCUAACUACGAGCUCCUCGAGGAAAUCGUUAAAGGCGAGAUCAUGGACUUUCAAGCUGAACUCGAGUCCGUUUCCUUAGAGAAGGUGGAAGCUAAAGAGAAACUCUCCAAAGCUGAGGUAAGGAUUCCACCUCUUGAUCUGUCUCUAUUGGAGCGUCUCGUGUCCGGUUCUACUCUUGGGCCCGAGACAGCUGUGGAGUUCAUUUCGUCAAUGCUCCCCUUUAAUCAAUUCGGGACCAAUGCAAGAGUUCUCUUAGGCGAAAUUCGAGAGAACGAGGUCUUAGGAAUCGAGGAAGAUGCUUGA